AUGUCCACCUUCGUUCAGAUUCGAGACGCCGGCGUCGCCGCCGACGCAGGAGACGGCUUCGACUCUCCGGCGAAGCAGAAAGCCGCCAGCCGAAGCGCCUACAGCUACCGCCCCCUUCUCAACCUCCGCCGAGCCAAACAGUUCCUCGGCGCUUCCAAGUUCAAGCUCUUCUUAGGGCUGUUCGCUCUCUCCGUCGUCAUUUUGGUCACCUCCAGACUCAGUUCGUGGAUGGGUUGGAACCCUCACCACCCUUCUUCGGUUUCCUCUACUUCAAGGGCUGGCUAUACUGUGCUUAUAAACACUUGGAGGCAAAAAUCUCUUCUGAAACAAACAGUUGCUCAUUAUGCAUCCUGUCGAAGUGCUGAUGCAAUGCAUGUGGUGUGGACUGAAAGUGAACAACCAUCUGAGAGGCUGAAAACAGAUCUUAAUAAGAUUGUGGUUUUGAAGUCUCAGAAAGCUCAUAAAUCAAACUUUAGAUUUUACAUCAAUGAAGAUUAUGAGUCGAACAGCAGGUUUAGGCCAAUAAAGGACCUGAAGGCAGAUGCAAUUUUCUCAGUUGAUGAUGAUGUAAUUGUUCCAUGCUCUACUCUAGAUUUUGCUUUCUCUGUCUGGCAAAGUGCACCACUCACAAUGGUGGGAUUUGUUCCUCGAAUGCACUGGCUGGAUAAGGAGCAAAAUAAUGUUGCAUAUUACAGGUAUGGAGGAUGGUGGUCUGUUUGGUGGAUGGGCACUUAUAGCAUGGUUCUCUCAAAGGCUGCAUUCUUUCACAGGAAAUACUUGGAUUUAUAUUCUCACGAGAUGUCUCCAUCAAUUCAGGGCUAUGUUUCCAGGGAGAGAACUUGCGAAGACAUUGCAAUGUCCCUUCUCGUUGCAAAUGCCACAGGUGCUCCUCCAAUAUGGGUGAAAGGCAAAAUCUAUGAGAUUGGUGCAUCGGGUAUUAGCAGUCUGAGAGCACAUAGUCACAGGAGAAACAGAUGUCUCAAUGAGUUGAUAUCACUUUACAAACCUCUGCCACUUGUGUCAACUAAUGUGAAAGCCGUUAGCGCUAGAAAUGAAUGGUUAUGGUAG